AUGCUCCACUCUGUUAUUGCUCUGAUUUCUGGAGCUUUGAUGAUGUUUUACUCCUAUGAAUUUUAUGUGUUCAGCCAUGGCCUUGAGACAGCAAGUAAGCUCCAAGGGUCAACACCCCAUGAUCAGCUUUUAAUUCAAACCGCCGAUUCCUUAUCCGGCUUGCUUCUAUUUUCCAUUGGAUCCCUUCUGUUCAUGGUGGCUUUUGUCAAGGACAACAAGUUCCAGAGCUUCUUUGCUAAAGGUUGUGUAUUGCUUCACAUUUCCAUGGCUAUUUGGAGAGUUUACUUUGAGAGGAAACUUGAAGAUCUUGCCCGGGAUUGGCCAAAGCAGGUCGCCGGAGACAUCACACUGGCGCUUUCGUGGUGUUUUCUUCUUGUGUACUCAUGGAGGGAGAAAUAUGAUUAG